AUGUUCGACAUCACCGGCCCUGCAGCUGAGGCGGGUAUGUUCGGCUACGCCAAAGUGGGUCAGCUCACGUCGGGCAUCCACAUGCGACUCCGAGCGCGCGCGUUCGCCUUCCACGACCCGCACUCUCAAAAUCACUGCGUCUUUGUAUGCGCUGAGCUAGGUAUGGUGUCCGAGUGGGUCACUCAGACAGUCGUAAGUCGUCUUGAGACGCAUCCUGCCCUCCCUAGAGGCAUGUACACCCGCGAGAACGUCAUGAUCAGUGCGACACACACACACUGUUCGCCCGGUGGGCUGUCACACUACUUUAUUUACAGUGUCCACCCGCCUCUACACGGCGCCGACCGUCAGAACUUCGAGUGUGUAGUCUCCGGGAUAGUCGAAGCCGUAGUACGAGCCCACAGGAACCUCCAGCCGGCAGUGAUCCGCGUCGCAACGGGCUUGUGUCUUGGAGCGUCUGUAAACCGCUCCGCUGAUGCCUAUCUGGCCAAUCCAGUGCAGGAACGAGCUCUCUUUGAGCACGACACGGACAAGACCAUGACACUCUGGCGGUUUGAUGGUCUGGAUGGCUAUCCCAUCGGGAUGAUCAACUGGUUCGCUGUACACCCCACGAGUAUGGGCAACUGGUACACGCUCAUUACGGGGGAUAAUAAAGGCUAUGCGGCCUAUGAAUUCGAGCGGGAACAAGGCACCCGACACCUGAUGGACCGACCGAGAGCCUUCGUCGCAGCCUUUGCGCAGAGUAACGAAGGAGACGUGAGUCCAAAUAUCUGCGGACCCAGACAUCCGUGUACGCAACACAAGGACUUUGAACGGAUGGUGACUGUGGCCAAUGCACAGCUUGACACUGCGAGAGAAUUAUACGCCGAUGCGUUAGCCACACCGCCGAUCGCAGGAAACCUCAAGUUUGCACAUCAAUACGUCGACUAUUGCAGUAUUCAACUACAAAAGCGAUGGCAACUGUAUGCUGAAUGUCCGAACUCAACGUCUUCCGGAUGCAUUGGGGUAUCCAUGGUCAGUGGAACGGAGUUUGAUGGUCGAGGUGUCCCUGCAGUGCCUGAGGGUAUUCGAUGGGGGACAUAUCCCAAGGUGACGACGUUACCGGAACUUCAGUCACUACAGAAGGAAAAGCCGAUUAUUUUCCCAACUGCACGCUACGGAAUGUCCCCAAAAGUCCUGCCGUUGCAGCUAUUUUCCUUUGCAGAUUGCUUACAUCUUGCAGCAGUCCCAUUUGAGGUGACCACGAUGGCGGGGAGACGUCUUCGAGCGUCGUUGCAAGCCUCGAUAACAGCACUGCUACCAGGAGUCCAGAGUAUCCACGAGCCUGUGAUUGCUGGACUUACGAACGCUUAUUGUGGCUACAUGACGACAAGAGAAGAGUACGCUGUGCAGCGCUAUGAAGGUGCUUCGACACAUUUUGGACCAAAUCAGCUUGUAGCCACCUGUCAACAGUUCGAAAUCCUAGCUGAAGCCAUCAUCAAAGGAAUGGGGGUACUAGACUACAAUAUUCCUGUAAUUCAUGACGGCGUGGCUUCCGGCGCGUCGUUUGGCAGCGUGGUUGCUGGUGCUGACGCCUUGAAAGUGUAUGGAAGGGAAUCUACGGUCAAAGUCCGCUUCCACGCUGCACACCCGAAGAAUAGCUUGCGAACCCAAGGCACAUUUCUGGAAGUGCAGCGUUGGAUGGCUGAUACCAGUCGCAGGGAGGGAGGAGUCUGGGUCCUCUACUUGGACGACGGUGACGUCAACACAACUCUUGAAUGGAAGCGUCAGGGCACGUUCCGAUCCGAAGUUAACAUCGAAUGGCGAAUUUCGGAGACCACCCCGGAAGGAAAAUACCGUAUCAAAAUCAACGGCGACUACAAGCACUUCUUAUGGCGAACUGUCACUCCUUACUCAGGGGUGUCGUCGUCGUUCCUGGUCGUUGGUCCGGGCGCCCCCGCUUGAUACCAAAGAUUUUGACUGCGCUAGAUGUUAGGUGGUUGUUUUCGCUUUCGUUUUUAUUCUUUUUUUGCGUAACAGAGAAACCGUAAGAAGACACGUUGUAUUCGUGGGAAGCAUAAAAUAGCGCGAUGGUUGCUUCGAAACGC